GCCAGGCUUGCGAUUCUUUCCCUUCUUCUGAGGGCACGAAGAAGGCAGUGGCAGUGUUGGUCGAGUUGGAUACAUUGGAUUGGCGGAAUGUUUCCCAUGUUGUUGAUGAUGUUGUUAAGAGUGUUGUUGACUGGGAAAAAAG